GUCCUGCCCACAGCUUUGGAAGACACCGAGGGAACGAGCUCUCCGCCUCCAGCAGUGGGUUUUGACAGAGCGUCCGUAUUCAAGGUCGAUAUUGUUGGAACUAUACUGUGGUAACGACGCUUUCUGUAUCGCCAUAACAUAGUACCGCCGUUUCCAGAUGCACGCAAGCGGUCAAGUGACAAUGUGGCCACGAAGUGUAGUCUACGUCUUCGUUGCUUGUUUUCUGGGUGUGUGUCGGGCCCAGCUCAAGCCCGGCUGCAAGAUAUCUCAACUGCAUGCCUGCGGUGAAGACUACCUGGUGUACAGCAACACCACGUACCUUCCGGAACCGCAGGAGGAUGAGUUCCAGGCAAAUUGCGAAUUGUACACCAAGCAGAUCGCCUGCACGAUCGAGUUCUCGGAGAGUUGCCUGGACAAUGUCCCGCGCGCCGUGGCGCUGGUUGCCAUGGAAGCAGCAGGCGACGACUUCGAGGCUGCCUGCACCGAAGGCACCGAACGUCACGACAUGUACAAGAGCAGCAUUGCCUGCAUGAACACCGCGGGAACUGGGCUGAACAAGUGCUUCGCCGUCCUUCGUGAUGGCCUGGGCGAGAGCAUCGAUGCACCAGCUGGAAGGACCAUUCACUACGCCUGCUGUGCGUACCAUAACUCUUUGGAGUGCGUAGAGCAGGCCCUAGACGACUGCGAUCCUAGCUCUCCGGCCAAGGAGUACGUGACGAACGUGAUGGAACGCAUCUUCGGGCAAGUGCUGAGUCUCGUGUGCGGGCCCUACACCCGGGGUUCAGCCGACUGCCACACCCUGCCCAAACUUCCGCCCACUGCUGGACCAAAGAAGACGAACCUCAUCGAGCUGGCCAUCGAGAUAUCCAACUCAUUCAGAAACAAGAAGAAAAAGAACUAAUGAGCGUAGCCGUGUAUGAUUUAUAUUAUACAUAUCAUUCCCCACAGUCAUUUCAUGCUUUUUUUAUUGCUUGUCUGACUGGAGAUAGAUGAAAAAAAGCAUUCGUCUGUGUUCGUUCGAUGCACCUUGCAGGAAAGUCAACACACUGAGCAUUACCACAAGCAGCCGUGUAUAAUGUGUCUUCUUGCUGGCUGCCUAUGUCAGUGUUUUUGGCUGCAACCCUUUUCUUGAAGCAAGGUGUGGUCGUAGUAGCACUCUCGGUUUUAACCGGCGUUGAACGGUGUAAACGGUUGGACAGGAGAAACACCCCUGUCAAUGCCCUAUAUAUAUGUAUACCCGACGUUUUGCGACUCAGAAGUGAAAAAGAAAAGCUUGAGCUGUAAGCUGGCAUGCGCGGGUCAACUAAUGUCAUUUUAUCUCUCAGCUAUUUGCGGUGUUUUUGAAGCAUGAAGCACUACUUCAAACCCUAAUGUUAUGAUUUAUUGGUUGAAGCACGAACAUUAC